AUGGUGAUACGAAUGACGAGAUUCACUGACGAUGCCGACUACGAUGCCGGCGAAAAGUCUGUGUAUGUAACACGUCCACGGUUGUACUCUGGAAAUGAUGGUGCAUACAAUGGAUUCCGGACUAGAUCCUUCGCACCCACAAGCAGACUAGCUAGCUUUGCCCUCUUCCUAUUUGCCGGGCCCACUCCACACCAUUGCCCUAUUCGUGGUCCCUCCGGGCCAGGUGAUGCAUGCAAUGUUUGUCUGUCUGCCCGUCGCCCUUUGUCUGUCUACAUGCUUAUCGGCUUGCCAUUCUGUCAGUCUGUUCACCCAAAUGACCGAUUGGCUUAA